AUGGCUUCUUCCUUGAGAAUCGGAACUUCUGUUCUUCGCUCCACCUCUCUCGCCGGUAAGCCGGUCGUGCAGUCCGUUGCCUUCAAUGGUUUGCGCUGCUACUCUACCGGCAAGACCAAGUCCCUGAAAGAGACAUUCGCCGACAAGCUCCCCGGCGAAAUUGAGAAGGUCAAGAAGCUCAGGAAGGACUAUGGCAACAAAGUCGUCGGUGAGGUCACUCUCGACCAGGCCUACGGCGGUGCUCGUGGUGUGAAGUGCCUUGUGUGGGAAGGUUCUGUUUUGGAUUCUGAAGAAGGUAUCCGUUUCCGUGGAUACACCAUCCCCGAAUGCCAGAAGCUGUUACCCAAGGCUCCCGGUGGCGAGGAGCCUCUUCCUGAAGGUCUCUUCUGGCUACUGUUGACCGGCGAAAUUCCCUCGGAGCAGCAGGUUCGCGAUCUGUCUGCCGAGUGGGCUGCUCGCUCUGACCUCCCCAAAUUCGUCGAGGAGCUCAUUGACCGCUGCCCCAGCACUCUUCACCCCAUGGCUCAGUUCUCUCUGGCUGUCACCGCCCUUGAGCACGAGUCCGCUUUCGCCAAGGCCUACGCUAAGGGUAUCAACAAGAAGGACUACUGGAACUAUACUUUCGAGGAUUCCAUGGACCUCAUCGCCAAGCUUCCUACUAUCGCCGCGAAGAUCUACCGCAACGUCUUCAAGGACGGCAAGGUUGCUCCUAUCCAGAAGGAUAAGGAUUACUCCUACAACUUGGCCAACCAGCUCGGCUAUGGUAACAACAAUGACUUCGUUGAGCUCAUGCGUUUGUACCUGACCAUCCACUCCGACCAUGAGGGUGGAAACGUCAGCGCUCAUACCACCCACCUUGUUGGUAGUGCUCUGAGCUCCCCUAUGCUUUCUUUGUCUGCCGGUCUGAAUGGAUUGGCUGGUCCCCUUCACGGAUUGGCAAACCAGGAAGUGCUUAACUGGCUCACAAAGAUGAAGGCUGCCAUUGGCAAUGACCUCAGUGACCAGGCCAUCAAGGACUACUUGUGGUCCACUCUCAACGCUGGUCAGGUUGUUCCCGGAUACGGUCACGCUGUCCUGCGUAAGACAGAUCCUCGUUACGUUUCUCAGCGCGAGUUUGCCCUUCGCAAGCUCCCUGAUGACCAAAUGUUCAAGCUCGUCAGCCAGGUUUACAAGAUUGCUCCUGGCGUGCUGACUGAGCACGGCAAGACCAAGAACCCCUUCCCCAAUGUCGAUGCUCACUCUGGUGUCCUUCUUCAGUACUAUGGCCUGACUGAGGCCAACUAUUACACCGUCCUGUUCGGUGUCUCUCGUGCUCUUGGUGUCCUGCCUCAGCUGAUCAUUGACCGUGCCCUUGGUGCCCCCAUUGAGCGCCCCAAGUCCUUUAGCACUGAGGCUUUCGCCAAACUUGUCGGUGCCAAGCUGUAAAUUCAUUGAAUGAUGCGAGAAUCGGAGGAGGGUUUUAUGAUUAAGCACACCAUUUUGUAUUUUUCCCUUACUAUUUUAUUAGACUAGGAUGCGACGAGUGCUGUGGUUAGUUUGAUUAAUGUAUGAUAGGACCUGGUCCGGGCGGGCCUUGUAACAGCGCACCAAUAUCGUGUCGAUCUUUUGACUAGAUGGCUUCUUUAUCCCAUCUCUUGCUUGAAAAUAAUUACCACUAUAAAUUAGAAACACACCACUCUGGUGUCAAAUCCCAUUCCAUCUCGAGAGGGGAAGGCAAUGCCAGGGAUCAGGAAGGAAGACUAAUGUUAAGUAACUAUGGUAACAAUGGUAAAGCAGCCGCCAAUACGCAGGUACAGUACUAAUUACAGUGGGCAUGUCUGUGCAUAAGUGCGGUUCCUUUCGAACCACCUUGUGAUUUCCGAGGUUUAUCUGGACUCUUGCUGUGUAAUGAUCUCACGACUGAUGUCUUAUCACAUGAAUAAGUGUUCAGGUAUAUAUAAUACUGUAGGUAUGUAAGCCGGUACUCAUACUAGUAGUAUCUCAGACACAUAUUGAACAAAGCUUUCCCUAAAAUAGAAAGAAAAAUACAUACAAGGUAAAGAGAAUACAAAUUUACUAAUCAGUGCUAAGAACAUGGUAUCUUCCAACC